AUGAUCGUCGACCCCGUUGCGGCGUUUAAGACGCACCCGACCGUGCCAUUGUCAUCGCCCACCAGCGUUGCUCCAGUGCCAACCGUCGUUCCAAGCCUGCCUGAGUACCAAGAUGCCACCGACACUGGCGAGCGCACCCUUUGGGUCGUCUUCGUUGUCAUGGUCGUUGCAUCGAUCGUCUUCACCGGCCUCUCAUGGAACGUCCCAGUUUCCAAGCGCCUCUACCACAUCAUCACCACCUUGAUUACCAUCAUUGCCGCCCUGUCUUACUUUGCCAUGGCCAGUGGCCACGGUAUCGGCUACCACCACGUCGUGAUCCGUGACUCCCACAAGCAUGUCCCAGACACCGAGCACGACCUCUACCGCCAGGUCUACUGGGCCCGUUACGUGGACUGGACUUUGACCACUCCUCUUCUGCUCCUCGACCUGACCCUCCUUGCUGGCGUUAACGGCGGCAACAUCCUCAUUACCAUCAUUGCCGACAUCGUCAUGGUCCUCACCGGCCUCUUCGCUGCUUUCGGCACUGAGGGCACUCCACAGAAGUGGGGCUGGUACGCCAUUGCUUGCAUUGCCUACCUCGUCAUUGUCUGGCAGCUCGUCUACCACGGCCGCGCCGCUGCUGUGGCCAAGGGCGGCAAGGUUGGCAACUUCUUUGCUGCCAUUGGAGGUUUCACCCUCAUCAUCUGGACGAUCUACCCAAUCAUCUGGGGUAUUGCUGAUGGCAGCCGCCACAUGAACGUUGACGAGGAGAUCAUUGCCUACGCUGUGCUCGACAUCCUCGCCAAGCCAAUCUUCGGUGCCUGGCUCCUGUUCACCCAUGUGAGCAUGCCAGAGACCAACGUUGACCUCGGUGGCUUCUGGUCCCACGGCAUCACCGGCGAGGGCCAGAUCCGCGUUGGUGACGACGACGAGGGUGCUUAA